CUGUCUUCGUUACAGGCAUAUCCGCAGAGUAGCUGGAGUUCCUCGGGUCCUUCUCCUCUAGUGUCAUUUGACGCGUCAAACGAAAACAUUUAUUAGAGGAUGCCCUAGCAGUAGUUAUCAUCUGCUGUUACUAAAUGUCAGAAACAGACCGUUAACUCAGCAUCUCGAGUACAGAAUUACUUAGACCUUUGAGGCUUCCUCGCAAUAUCCGGAAACAAAAGACGCAGUUUUACCUGCAUUCGCUUACACCUCAUUUUCAGGAUGCGGCUAACGUUAUUUGGACACAGUUAGCGCGCGGUUCAUUUACAUGAUUGAUCUGUAAAUACAAUAAAACACAAAUAAACGUAGGGUAAUAAGAGCGGACGUGGCUUUAACACUAUAGAUGUAACACCAGAGGAAGGAGAGCCUCGUCAUCAGAACAGAGAAUCUAGAGUCGCGUCAUCAUUUCCGGGCUACCGAUCGCCGGUAGAGUGGAUCGGGACGCAGGAGCGCGGGGUACGGGGAGCGGAGCGGUGUCCGUGUCCAUACCGAGACUGCUGGACGAUAGCAUGGCCGCCGGGAAGGCAGCGAGCAAACCGUCUCUCUGGCAGAACGAACGGCUCCGGUUCAUCGUCUGUUUCUGCGGGGUGUUCGUGUGUUACUUUUACUAUGGGAUACUGCAGGAGACAAUCACACGAGGAGACUACAGUCACGCGGGGAAGACGGAGAAGUUUCGUUAUGCCACCACACUAGUCUUCAUCCAGUGUGUCAUCAAUGCCGCUUUCGCCAGACUCUUGAUUCUGGUUUUUGAGAGCUCAAAGCAGGACCACACGAGAAGCUGGCUGUAUGGCAUGUGCUCUCUGUCUUACCUGGGCGCUAUGGUGUCCAGUAACUCGGCCCUGCAGUAUGUCAACUACCCCACACAGAGUUACUUGCCAACCUCAUUAAGGCAAACACUUUUGAAUGAGAAACUAACAUAUGCAAACCAUCUACUAAGAAAGUUAUCUCUCGCGCUUUCUUUCUGCAUAGCUGUGCUUUGGACAGGAGAGGUGUGGGAGUUUUUGUCAUUUGCUGACCGCUAUCCUGGCAUCAUCUAUAAUAUCCUUCUGUUCGGUAUCACUAGCGCUCUUGGACAGACUUUCAUCUUCAUGACUGUGGUGUAUUUUGGGCCGCUCACCUGUUCCAUCAUCACAACGACACGGAAGUUCUUCACCAUCCUGGGGUCUGUGCUGCUGUUUGGAAACAUCAUCAGCCCUAUGCAGUGGUUUGGUACCAUCCUCAUCUUCCUCGGCCUUGGACUGGAUGCCAAAUUUGGAAAGUCUCCUAAGAAGACGACAUACUGAAGACUGGAACCCUGUGUGUGUGUGUGUGCAUGCAUGCCUGCGUUUGAACCCCUGAAACAAACAGACAUUUAUUCUAAAAACUUUACCACACUAACUCCAUCAUUGGUAUACUUAAGAGAUGACGUUUUAGAACUCAAAAUAUUGUUAUGCUGAUGUUCUGAACAAUUAAUUAUGGGAUAUAUUUGCCCAUCAUCUUGCAAAAUGGUAUCCAUGGUAACCGAGGGACAGUGCAAAUGUGUGUCUGUACCUAAUCAUAAUCUGCCAUGCUCAUAUGGCGAAAUCAGAAAAAUAAAGGUUGGAUAAAGAUCCAAUUUAAAACU